AAUCCGGUGUCCCUUGAUCGUGACGCCAUCGUCUCAGACCCCACGUGACCUGUGGGUCACCCACGUGCUAUAAUUAGCCCAAGGAAUGUUGAUUCACUGUUAAUUAUUUCCCCAAAUCGUGUACAAUGUCAACACCACACCCGAUGCCCAACUGUUGCGAGUUACAAAGGUCGUUUUUUGAUCAUUUUUAGUACAAAAUAAGAGUCAGAUAAUAUCACUGUUUUUAUUGACUCGAUGGUACAUUGCAAUUUCCUGCACACAUUCCCGCUACCUCAGGAGCCAACCGUUUAACCAGACGAGGAACGAGCGGUAUAAAAGGUAGUUGGCUUUCGGAGGAAGUCACAAACAUCCUCUUACUCGAAGUGAGAACACUAAAAAAUACACUUCGCAAAUUUGGAUUUCUGUUUCCGAGGCAUUGUUUCUGAAGCGGGUUACAUCCAAUAAUCAUGGGCGGUGCGAGGAAGCCGCUGGCCGGCGUAGAAACGUUGCUGUUGCUCGCUGUGGUCGGAGUCGGACUUGCUGUAUUCAUCACAAUCUUGCAAGCUACGGAUGAGAUCCCAGGCGCCACUUGUCUUCCGUAUACUGAGGUGAAAUUCCUGCAAGACCCGCCGGUUGCUUGGGGCAACAUCACCUUUAAACCACCCCCGGAUGACGCCAAAUGUAACUUCUGCAUGGCGACUCAGAUAAUAAUAAGUCUGUGUUUCGCUUUCAUCUGCGCCCUCUACCGAUUAGUGACCAUCUGCGUGGAGAAACUGGAUUUGUCUCUCUUGCGAAUCCUUUCCAUCCCCUUGUAUCUUUUGUCUGCUGCAUUCGCUCUGAUAGGGAGCACAGUUCUUCAGGUGGGCUUCAAUAAUUUCUGCGGUCAACUGACAUCGUAUUCCGGGUCGGACAAAAAAUGCGAAACUGCAGAGAAAUUCAUCGCAAGUCUGCCAGAUUCCCCAGAGGCAGAAUUCAACUUCGUCAAGGAAUUGUCGAUCGCUACGAUGGCGUCCUGGAUCUGCAUGGGUUUCUGGCUUCUGUUGUCUGUUCUUACGAUUGUGAGCUUCGGUGCGGCUAGCAAGAAGAAGGAUUCAGAAAAAAUCAAGUCUUAAAAAAGCGCUUUCACAGUCUCAAAUCCGUUUCGCUCGUUCCCAGCCCCCAUUUCAAGGCGCUGGUACAUGGUCGGGGCUAAUCGUUUUGAGCUCCCAUUGGACGAUUUUUGUUUCCGAUGACCCGGGUCAAUGUGUUCUCAGCCCUCAUUGGACAAAUUGUUUACACACUGACGCGGGAUCAGCUCUUCCGACUUAUCAACACAGUCACUGAAAAGGAAAACAAGAAGGAACAAAAUACAUAUAUCUGAUGAUAACCGUUUGCUUUGUGCAUGUUUAUUUUUUGUUAUUAUAGAACAGAACUGAAAGUAAUUCAAAUGAUUAUCUAGGCCUAGUCGGUAUAUUCUAACAUUUGCUGUUGUUACUCAGAGAUCAAAACGAAAUUAUUUUAAAUAUUAGCAGCAUUUUUCAACUUUCAGUAUUGACAACGGAACCAGGUUGGAAGCGAGGCAAGAUAUGAAAACGGAUGGGAGGAUGUAGGGUUUCGGUUGGGUAGAUGCAUGGGGAACCGACAAUUUUAAUGGCAACCAGCGGAUUUAUAACCAACAUUUUCGGGGUGGGUGAGGGUGGUGCCCGGUCGACCAUUGCAAAUUUAACAAGCCCGAGGGGGCCGGGCCGGGGGGGGGGGGGCUGGACCUCAUUGUCUGUUUGGGUAUUCUUUCUCCCUUUUUCUUUCGAUUAAUGUUGACUUAGGCAAAAAAAGUCUCCGGUUUCUGGUAUGGAGCUUACCCAAAAAGUGGUGGAGCGACGC